CGCCAGUCGUCAGGACAAUUAUGAUGUGUGGACACGAUACACUGGAGGACUGGGUCUGAACGCCAGUCUUGAGUAAUGUCUGCGAGAGAUUCCUGCAAAUGUGUGCCACAACCAUUAUCUCAGCUGAGCGCUGUCUGCAUAAUUUAUGCAAGGGGCCUAGUUCUGCGAAAGAAGAAAAAGAAGACAUGGCAGUAAGGAGCACCAGUCAGUUGUAAAGCGUCCUGAGCAUCAUGAAGGUGAAGGUGAAACAGGAGCCCCCUGAUGAAGAGCUGUCAGCAAUCUUGGACCAUGGCAUCCAGUUGGCAUCAGUUGAUGAAGAAGCCGAGGGGCUGAUUACUCAACAGAUUGAAGAGAUACUACCAGAUGAGGGUGAUGAUGAUGAUGAUGACGACGAUGAAGACUAUGAGGUUGAGGAAGAGGAGGAGGAGGAAACACAAGAUUUGCCAAAGAGAAAAAUAAAGUGUAGACGCUGUGAUUUUAAGGCCAAAACUAAAAAGGAGUUGGACCGCCAUGAAGCUCGCCAUGCUAUCAAGGGCUGGUACCAUGAGUGCCAGUAUUGCGAUUACGUGACUCACAUCAGGCAGCGGCUGCAGGAACAUGAAGCCAAACACACAAAUACCAAACCAUUUAAAUGUGAGAAAUGUGAGUUCAGGACACGAUUCAAAGCUGAUCUUUACAAACACCGUGCCAAACAUUCCACUGUCAAAAGAUUCAGCUGCCCUCAAUGUGACUUCAGGACAAAAUGGUGUCGAAACAUCAAGCACCACAUGCUCAAACACACAGAGGACAGGCCGCAUUCGUGUGACAUUUGUGGGUUUAGGUUUAAGCGGCUUCAGGACCUAAAGUAUCAUCUCUUCAGGCACAAUGAUCUGAAACCAGUCCAGUGUGAUUUGUGUGAUUUUAGGUGUAAGACAAACUAUGAACUCAAAUGUCAUCGUCUUAAACAUAGCAAUGUGAAGAACUUCUCCUGCACCUUUCCAGGCUGUCCCCAGAAAACCAAGACCAAGUCUGAUUUGACCAAACAUCUGAAGACUCACAAUAAAGACAACAGCUUCCUCUGUUCCAUAUGUGGUAAGGGAUUUAACACACUGACAAGUUUAAACAAGCACAAGGAUAGACACAGUAAUGUCAGGAAAUUCAAGUGUGGGCUCUGUGAGAAGUGGUUCAAGAACAAACCAUCUCUACGUGCCCAUAUGAAGGUUCAUUCAGGAAUAAAACCCUUUCAGUGUGAUGUGUGUUUGCGGAAUUUCCUCAACAAGUAUAACAUGCAGAAGCAUAAAGAAACACAUACGGGGGAUCGGCCAUAUUCAUGCCCUAUCUGUCCUUAUGGUGCAAGAACAAGUGACCAUCUCCUUGCUCAUAUAGGCUCGAUGCAUGGAGACUCUCAUGCCUACUUCUGUGAGCUUUGUCGCAAACCCUUCAAACGUUACAGCCAACUGCAGGUUCAUAUCAAGAGAAUGCACAAGAAUGUAAAUUCUAUUGAUAGAAAUGAUGAUGGUAAACUUGACAUCAAACUGGAACCGGGACCAGAUGGGACUAUCACCACUGGCACUGAUGUUUUCAGUGUAAAAAAGAUUGGAGAUUGUCAUUUUGAGCCUGAAGUGAAAAGGAAGAGAGGCAGGCCAAGGAAGAAUCGACAGCUAGUUCCUGAAGUUGUUCCUAUACCUGAACAGGAACCACACAACAAUGGACCAGAAAACGUAAAACCAGCCAAAGUCAAACUGGAAGAGGUUGAGUCCGAAGAAACAGUAAAACUGGCAACUUAUCAAGAUGGCUUCCGACUUCCCCUAGCCACAAGAGGAUUCCAUUUUAACUUUGACAAGACUGGCAAGAAGCCCAAAUCUUGGUUCAUGCAACCUGAAAACAUGUAUGGCAAAGCUGCUGUUAAACAGAGAGCUUAUAUGGAAAAGAAAGAAAGAUUCUUUGACAGGUUGAACAGUGGGCGUAUUCAGAGGACCAGGAAGAAGUCUGAUGUUGUGUUUAAGACCAUGGUAACCAGGAACAGCAUCAGAGCCGGUACUCAAAACAGUACAGACAAGUUAUCAGAGUCAGAUCCUCACAAACUGCUCAUUAGUGGUAGAACAAAACUGAAGACAAUGAGAAAAAUCAGAAGAAGAAUUAGAAAGAUGAAGGCAUGUUUGGAAGGUUCACCGUUUCUGAAAUCUCAGUCUGUGCAAACACUGGACAAUAACUGCAUUGCUGAAGUGAGUGAUGGUGCAAGGUCAUCCAUGGGUGGGUGUUCUGUUGAUAGUGAUGCAACUUUAGAUGAACCUGUGACUCAAGUGAAGGGACCAUGCUCUGGAGAUGAACUUGUGUCUCUUGUGAAAGAAAUACAUUCUGAAGAUGAGGAUGAUGUUCCUUUGAGUCAGCUCAAAUCAAAGGAGGUGCCAAAUGAACAGCUGUGUGUUGAAACUGCUCAACUAACUCCAGGUGCCAAAUAUGUUUCAAGGUCACAACUUACUAGUGCUACUCAGGCUUCGGGAUCUCACAUCAAACUGGUGCUAAAGAGGAGGAAGGAAGGAACCUUCAAGGUCACAUUGAAUACAUCAGCUGAAGUGUCAACGUCAAGUGAAGUGGAGACAAGUUCAAAUAUGAUACCAAGUCACGUUUCAGAUGUUUACAGUCGAAGUUUGCGAAUUCUAGGCAAGUCUUUGCAAACAAAAUGUGCUAAAACAAACAAGGCAUUGAAAUCAAAAGCUGGCAUUGUGUCAGGUGACACAUCAACCAGAUCUGUCAGGACAAGACACAAGUCUGUAAUUAAUGCUGUAAAACCAAAACCAAGCCAGGUGAUUCAUGGAAAGAAGAAAACACAGCAGGAAAACAAAACGAAUACCGCGAGAGUUUCAAAAGUAUUAAAAGGACUUGGACAAACAUCUCCAAAGAAUACUAAAUUAAAAAAGAAUGUUGCAAAGUCGGGAUCUUCCAAAAAUGAUAUUGAAAAAGCAAAGAAAAAGGAAUUAAACCCGAAGGGUGUGAGAAAAGGGACGAAAUCCCCGAAACCAAAAAACAAAAUUACACAAAAAGGAAAGAAAAAGACAUUGAUUUGCUCUCUGUGUACUAACACAACCACAAACAAGAAAUCCAAUCACACGUGUAACAGCUCAGGUAUAAAUAAUCAGUAUUCAGCAACACGUAGAAGGUUUCUCCAGACUCAGCCCUAUGAUGAAUUCCCAAUCAAGAUUGAGCCAGUUGAUGAUGAUUAUUCCCCCUGUGAGAUGCAGCUUGGGACGAGUCCGGCCUUGGAUGACUUGAACCCUGGCACAGUGGUGGUGAAACAAGAAACAGCUGAGAUGGUAGCAGGAGAAGACUGUCCUAUCACAGACGUCGAUGUGAAGAUGGAGGAGUGUGAAUCUCUGUCUCAAUGUAAGUACUUGUAUGAUGUCAAGCCAGCAGUAGAAGCUAACCCAGCAGGUGCUUCAGGGGAGGCUACUCUGGCAAGAACUUUAGGAGAAGCUAACCAAUCAGCAGGGGCUUCAGGAGAGGCAAGCUAUGUUGAACACGCUAUUGCUUGGGGUUUGAAAUUAGACCCACAGGUUAAAACAAAUGCAUUGGAUAGUACCUUGCUUGACCUUUCAACUUCUGUUGGUGUGAAGGACGUUCCUCUUACAAAAUCGUAUCUUACGAAACAUCAAAUGUCACAAUCUGAUGAUGUGGCUGUUCCAAAGUGUUUGAAGGUUUGUGAGGCAGCAGGUGAUCAGCUGGCUCUACCUAUAGAUGAAGCUGGUGUAGGAGGUACUGGCUGGCAACAGAGCUGUGAGGUGGACAAAUCCAGAAGCAUUGAAGAGCCUUUUCUUUCUCAAAGUCAACAUACAGCAUGUGAUGAAGCUACAGACUCACGUAACUUAUGCCCAAAUGUUUUAAACCAGAGUGUUACAAACUUGAAUACCAACAGCUUGUAUUUGCUUAAAACCAUCAACAAGAGAUAUCCUGAGAGUGCAGUAGCUUAUGCAGAGACAGUCGAAACUCAACCUCUUGAUUUAAGUGUUACCAGAGACCAUUACUCUGGUGUUACCAAGAAGCUGACCUUCUCGGAUAGACUGGUUGAUUGUAAAACUUGGAAUAUGUGUGAGGAUCCCAGUGUUCAGGACAGUAAUGCCUCCUCUACAAGUACCCCUGUGUUGUUCACUUACACUUUCUAGUCAAACAUAUUGUUUUGGAUAAGGACAGGGAUUUUCAAGUGAAGAGUUAUCUCCCCUUGCAAGUCAAUUGCAUUUGACAUCGACUUGAUUGAUACAAUUAGAAAACUAUUUUAGGGAGUCCAAAGUAACAGAAAAAUCUCAUAUAACCUGCUUGGUUCUGAUCCACAGCUUCCCAAGAUGCAUGUCCCCCGUGGGAUUCUCGGCUAGAAUGUGUCCAGACCGACCUAUGUUAGUUGUAAGAGGCGACUUAAUGGAUCACAUGCUCGGGCUCUGUGCAUGCCAUCGUAACCUGUUAGGAUGGAUCCUUGCCCACCAUAUUGAUCACUGGAUUAUAUACAGCUUGCCAUCUUACAGCUGGAAUAUUGCUGACUGAGGCAUUCUAACAGAUGCUUGGUUUGUAGGAUGUUAAAAUGUCUAUCAACACCCAAACUCACAUUUUAAUGAGUAUUGUAUCCUGUUGUAUUGACAUGCUGCUGUGUGUACAUGUUUGUACUCUAUGAAAGUGAGAUUGCCUCCA